GUUACACUGGCCGUGAUGCCCCCCGGGUCGUGGUGGCUGGUGCUUUGGCUGCCGCCCCUGGCCACGCUGCCAGCGGGUGCGGUGCCCCAGGAGGAGGCGGCAAUGUCAGUUCCAAGAUGUAAAUCUCUGAAGGAAACGGACUUAAUUAAAACUUCUGUGUCAGACUGCUAUUGCUACAAUCAACAUUCACAAAUAGAGUGGACAUAUAUGUGGUCAACUGUGCAGGUGACGGUUACCAGCCCGGGCCUGCUCAGUAUUGUGUAUAUCACAGGAAGACAUACUUGCCAGCACACAGAAACCAUUCUAUCUUUUCUCAAAUGUGUGACUCACAACUUUUGGACAGCAGAGGAGGCUAAGGAGGUGACCAUAGUCUUCAGUCCAUACGGAGAGACUGUGUGCUUCUCUGUAAAGCCUGUUGGGAGUUUACUUACCUAUGCAGUAAGCGUGAAUCGAAAUGUUGUGGAUUUCAGACUCUUCCUUGUGUUUGCGACAGGCAUUUUCCUUUUCUUUUAUGCAAAGACCUUGAGCCAAAGCCCUGUUUUCUAUUACUCUUCGGGUACCGUGUUAGGUAUUCUAAUGACUCUGGUCUUUGUCCUUCUGAUGACUAAGAAACACAUCCCGAAGUAUAGCACAUUUGGGGCGCUAAUGAUUGGUUGUUGGUUUGCUUCAGUUUAUGUUUUGUGCCAGUUGAUGGAAAAUCUGAAGUGGCUGUGGUGUGGAAACAGAAUAUAUGUAUUAGGCUAUGUCUUGGUUGUCGGACUUUGUAGCUUUUCCGCCUGUUACAGUCGCGGGCCUCCUGCUGAUGAGGGGAGCAGAGACCUUCUGAUGUGGGCACUGAGGUUCCUCUCCCUCGUUCUUGUCUACACUGGUAUGGCCAUCUCUCAGUUUGCCUAUGCUGUUAUGAUCCUGCUCCUGCUCUCCUGGACUCGGCACUAUCUACUGAGAGCAUUCAGCUGUCUGAGGUGGAAGGUGAGGCAGUGGUUUGCAACACGAGCACUGGUGGUGAGGUAUCUCACUGAUGAUGAGUACAGGGAGCAAGCGGAGGCCGAAACAGCCAGCGCUCUGGAGGAACUGCGCCAAGCCUGCUGCCGGCCCGACUUCCCUUCCUGGCUAGCUGUCUCCAGACUCCAGGCUCCUAAAAAGUUUGCAGAGUUUGUUCUUGGAGCGAGCCACCUGUCACCGGAAGAAGUCAGCACACACGAAAAGCAGUAUGGCCUUGGAGGUGCCUUCCUGGAAGAGCAGCUCUUUAGCCUGCAGACUGAGAGUCUACCUGCAAGCUGACUUCAUUCUGAACCGGAAAGCAAGUAAAAGGCCAGGCUCUGAUUGCAGCUGGGUGGGGCCCAAGCACUUCAGAGAAAAGUAAACCAUGCAAGUAAGGAAAAACUCAUUUGCACAGGAGAGCCUUACCGUGGUGCUGUGAAGACUGAAAGCAUCGUUGCCACAGGCCCUGGAUGAAGACCUUCACAGGGACAGUGGAAACCUGUUCUUUAGGACCAGUAAACGGGACCUGAUCCCUUCCCUUCGUCAGGCACUAACUCCCCUCUGGAUGCCUGGGAGCUGGCUCAAGAGGCUGCAUUAUUGUCAUCCCUCCCAAACCCCCAACCUGUUUCCUCAGUACCAAUGCUUUCUACGGUGAGGUUCACGUGAUAGUAGGAAGUGCUGUUGAAGGAAUUCUGAUGCUGGCUCUGGUUAACUCAGAGUCACAUGUUCCCCAGGUUCCUCAGUCUCCAGGCAGUGUGGGUCUCCUAAAAGGCAGAUGUCAUGCACAGGACUUCUAACUUACUAACCACUUUUCAUGAGACUAAUAAUCUUUAAAACACAGGUUUGGGAAUGCUAUCGAUGGUAGAACUUAGGUUUGAGUCAGGACAGAAGUGUCAUGAGCAGCCUUGGCAACACUGCAGCCCUGGUGAAUCUGGGACUCACUUCUUCACAUUUAGGUUCAGAGCCUUCUCCAUUCAGCCUUGGUCUCAUGGCCUUGGUGCCUCAAGUUUUGUUCGUUUUGGUUUGUUUUUUGUUUUUGUUUUUUUUUUAAGCAACACCCAAUUAGCUAUAACUGUGAUUAAAAAGAAACAUUUCUUAGGAUUAUAUUUAAUGUUUUGAUAAGAUUUUAUAUGCCGAUGGAUUAAAAUUUUAAUUACUUCUUGUACUUUUUAUAUACUGAAAUUGAAGCAUGGAGGCAUUUGUGACAUUUUUGAGAUUUAUUUUUUUAAAACUUAUUAUAUAUGUUUGCAAUGAUUCUCACAAAAUAGAUUUGUGAUAUUUCUGUUUUUUUAGAGAGAGCAAUGUUUCUUGAUCCAGGGUAAACUCCAGGAUGAAAUGAGCUACUGACUGUGCUUUGAGCCCGAGGAAAGGAGCAGAAACACAGCCGUAAGAGUUGACUGUAGCAGACAGACAUUCUGUGAUCCUCUGAGAAUCAAAGUCAGGUUGUUUUAUCUUUUGUAGUGUAAUGAUAAAACAACCACAAAAACAGAAAGCGUGAGAGGAAGUGGGACAAGACACAGUCUUGGUCUCUGUCAUCCCCUGACAGUGGUGCUGACUUCGGUACUUUCUAGAUUCACUCUCAAAUGAUGCUGUCUCUGUGAAGCUCUGUGUCAGUGUUUCUGCCCCUGCUUUUUGACAGAUAUAGAAUAUCCGGAGUCUUUUUCUUUUUCUUAGAAACUUCACUCAGUUCAAUCUGUGCCUUUACAUGUUGUUGGCUUUAAAAUGUCAAAGAAUGGGGUCUGGAGAGAUGGCUCAGUGGUUAAGAAGAGCCUUGCAGAGGAUCUGAGUUCAGUCCUCAGCAUCUGAGUGGCAUGGCAGCUUGCAGCCAUGUAUAACCGUAGUUCCAGGAGAUCUGAUACCUUCCUGUGACUUUGCUAGCACCAGUCAUGUAAGUGUUGGACAUACAUACACACAAGACAAAAACACGUGUAAAUAAUGUGCUUCUGUUCAUUUUGAGAACUAUUCUGCCAAAAUAGACAGGUGUUGUAACAUUCUGUCACAGCGUAAUCUGGUUUUCGUUUUUUAGUAACUGUAUUUAUUGGCGGUGUAUCGGUGCUGUGCACAGCCAUGCUCACCUCUCACUAAGCAGUUUGUUUAGAAUGUGAGCCACCAGGACAGCCCCAGCCUUCCUGAGCUGGCAGGGACCGCACUGUGAUUACAGCUCUCAGCAGCAAGCCAGUGUACCCACAGAAAACAGCGCAGUCUUUCGGGAUGCCGUUUUCCAUGCCUAUCUUUGGAAGGAAUCAUGGAUCUGUCAGAUUGUUACAUGACAACUGUGAAAAGUUAAACAAUUAAAAUAUUUCUGGUAAAAUGUU